CGACAGCCCGCUCGGGUGCCUUCCAGGAGAGAGGGAGGGAGGAACCCGGGGAAAAAGUGCGGGGCGCCCCAGGCGAGGUCCGCACUCCUGCUCCCCGCCGCUAGCGCAGGACCUCACUCGAGCGCAGCGCCCACGGAGAGCGGGUCGCGGGGCGGCGGCGGCCAGGGGGGACGAGCAGGAGUCGGAGGGGCUGCAGGAGGCGAGGACAAGCGAGCCGAACGGGGUCCCGGCCGCCCCGCGGGCCAAGGUCGAGCCCUCCUGCCCGUAGGCGAGCGCGCCCGCCGACGCGUGCUGGAGAGCCAUCGCCACAAAGAGGACGGGCGGGCGCCUGCUCCCCAUGACUUCCUGAGGUCCCGACUGCCCCGCUGAGUCCGCUGCCCGGGCCGAGCCCCCGCGCCCCCGCGCCCCUGAGCGUCCCUGCGCGCCCCAACCCGCGCCCGCCAGCAUGGAUGUCCACACCCGCUGGAAAGCGCGCAGCCCGCUCCGUCAGGGUGCCCAGCUGCUGUCCCCGCCGGCGUGGCUGCUGUGGCUGCUGCUGUUGUGGGCGUCGCCUCGGAGCAGCGCAGCUCAGCCAGCAGAUCUCCUGAAGGUUCUAGACUUUCAAAACCUGCCCGACGGAAUAACCAAGACAACAGGAUUUUGCGCAACGCGGCGAUCUUCCAAGGGCCCGGAUGUUGCUUACAGGGUCACGAAAGACGCCCAGCUCAGCGCGCCCACCAAGCAGCUGUACCCUGCGUCCGCGUUCCCGGAGGACUUCUCCAUCCUGACCACUGUGAAAGCCAAGAGGGGCAGCCAGGCCUUCCUGGUGUCCAUCUACAAUGAGCAGGGCAUUCAGCAGAUCGGCCUGGAGAUGGGCCGCUCCCCCGUCUUCCUCUAUGAGGACCACACGGGGAAGCCGGGGCCGGACGAUUACCCCCUCUUCAGGGGCAUCAACCUGUCGGACGGCAAGUGGCACCGAGUCGCGCUCAGCGUCCACAGGAAAAACGUCACCUUGAUCCUGGACUGCAGAAAGAGGGUCACCCAGCGCCUCGACCGCAGCGACCACCCCAUCAUAGACACCAACGGCAUCGUCGUGUUCGGCACCCGCAUCCUGGACGAGGACGUGUUUGAGGGUGACAUCCAGCAGCUGCUCUUCGUCUCGGACCACCGGGCGGCCUACGACCAGUGCGAGCACUACAGCCCCGACUGUGACACGGCCGCCCCCGACACCCCGCAGUCCCAGGACCCUGGCCCGGACGACUACUACCCGGACGGAGAGGGCGAGGGCGAGACCUACUACUACGAGUACCCCUACUACGAGGACCCCGACAGCCCCGGCAGGGAGCCCGCCGCCGCCGCCACCCGGAAGCCAGUGGAAGCUGCCAAAGAGACCACGGAGAUCCCCGAGGAGCUGACCCCGCCCCCCACGGCGGCCCCUGCGGCGCCCGACGCCAGCGAGGGGGCCGGGAAGGAGGAGGACCCCGGCAUCGGGGACUACGACUACGUGCCCAUCGAGGACUACUACACGCCGCCCCCUUACGAGGACAUCGGCUACCCCGAGGGCGUCGACGACCCCGACCAGCCCCCCGACCACGGCGCGGGGGCGGGGGUCCCCACCAGCGCCACGGGCGGCGCCUCCAACUCCUCCAACCCGGCUCCACCCCCCGGGGAGGGGAGGGACGACACGGACGGGGAGUUCACCGAAGAAACCAUCAAGAACCUGGACGAGAGCUACUACGACUCUUACUACGACCCCACGGCCUCCCCGUCGGAGGUCGGGCCGGGCAUGCCCGCCAACCAGGACACCAUCUUCGAGGGGAUCGAAGGGCCGCGGGGCGAGAAGGGGCAAAAGGGAGAGCCCGCCAUCAUCGAACCGGGCAUGCUCUUGGAGGGGCCCCCCGGCCCUGAAGGCCCUGCAGGUCUCCCGGGCCCUCCAGGAACCAUGGGUCCCACCGGCCAAGUGGGUGACCCCGGAGAGAGGGGUCCCCCCGGACGUCCAGGCCUCCCUGGGGCCGACGGGCUGCCUGGGCCCCCCGGAACCAUGCUCAUGCUCCCUUUCCGGUUCGGAGGGGGCGGCGAUGCCGGCUCCAAAGGCCCCAUGGUCUCCGCCCAGGAGUCCCAAGCUCAAGCCAUUCUGCAGCAGGCGCGGGUGAGUGGGGUCCGGGGGUCUGGGGGGUGGGGCACUGGGGGGGCAGCAGGAGUGG